ACUCAAUGAGAUGUUGUGACAUCAGGGCAUUGGCCUGCCCCAGUGAUGCAUAUGAAACAGACCAACAGUCAUUUCCCAUUCACCCAACCAACACAUAAGAUCUUACAGCUGACAUUUCCUCCAAUGCUAACAUCAAAGAUAACACCUAAGGAAAACAAGCCCUGAACACACCAACUACAAUGUCCAGAAGAAAAAUUCAUGAAGACGAUCUUCCAGUUGAGCUUCCGGAUGGAGUCCAAUUUAAAAAUGCCUUGAAGCAGUUUGAAAGAUUAGUGGAAAGAACAGUGACUCAGAAGCGGGAUGAAAGGUUAGGCUUGUAUGUAAAAGAUGCUGAGGAAAUUAAUUAUGAAAAAUUCUAUGCUGAAGUCCAGGAACUUUUUGGUACAGAUGUAAAAGCUCAAGAUGUUAAAACUUUCUAUAGGAAGAUUAAUAACAACCCAGAUGGGCGGACAGAAUGGUGUGAGAUCUUUGGGUACUACAUACUGGAGGGUGAUGCUCUCGCUGCUCAACUUGAUGAAGAAAAUAUGGUUUUCCUAGUAUCCAAAAAGCAGCGAAUUACAAAAGCAGGAGUCAAGAGACGUGAUGUAAUAAAAUGCAUAGUAAAGAUAACACAGCUGGAUUUUAUACUAACAGCAUCUCAAAAAGGAAUGUUGUCCAUUUUUAAUAGCCAGAUGAGGAUGCUGGCAAGCACAAGUAUUCCAGACAGUUCCUGGAUCUCUGGAUGUGAUUUCCUGAGUCAGCUCAAGCGUGUGGUUGCGAUAACGGAAAGAAGCCUCAUCAUAUGGGAUUAUAAAACACAAGGAACAGCCAUGGAUAACUGUUUUAUUAUCAAACCUAUGGAGCAUUGUCUCCUCUCUGUCUGUUCCGUUCAACGACCAGCAGAAUUGCUUGUGAAGGAUGACAUCUUAAUGGGAGAUGAUGCAGGAUUCGUCAACUUGUUUUCUAUGACCAGUGAUGAUUUUGGUCUAAAACAAUCCAAAUCCAAAAAGAAAUCACAAAUAAUGGUGAUAGAUUCUAAGAAAUUCAAAAAUAUUAAACGCAAGCUGCAUAAUGACUGGGUGGUGAAAGUAAAAUACAUUCCAAGCUUGAAUUGUUUUGGAUCAUGCUCUUUGGACAGCGUUCAUUCUUUGGUACUGGAUGACCUCAGAAGGCUAGAAGAUAACAUAGCUGUCAGGGAAUUUUCUAUACCAAGGGGAGUGAAUGCCUUCACAUAUUGUACAAAAGCCAAUAUUGUCGUUACUGGAGGAGAUGAUAAAAUUCUUCGCUUGUGGCAUCCUAACAUCAACACAAAGCCAGUGGGGAAGCUGAUGGGGCAUUUAUUUAGCGUUAUGGAGAUUGUCACCAAUGAAAAAGAUCAGCACAUCAUUAGCCUUUCUACUGCAAAGAUUUUUAGAGUAUGGGAUAUCCAGACCCUUUCACUAAUGCAGGUCUUCCAUGACAGUCAAGCAGGGCCCAGAGAGGCGCAGAUCUUUGCCAUGCUAUUUGACAAUAACCACGGUACACUGAUUACAGGGUCAGCUGUCAUUGAUAUCUAUCCUCUGACCCGGAUGAUACAAGACACCAAACAGGUCCCCCAGACACAUGAGCGGAACAUCAAUGUACUAGUUUACAACAAAGCUUUUCACCAAGUCCUUACUAUCUGUUCUGAGUCUGUAGUAAGGGUAUGGGAAUUGGAAACAGGGCAAUUAAUAUACCAGAUUGAGAAUGCUCAUGGGUCUAAUGUUGAAGUUACAUGUGCAGCAGUUGAUAACAAUGGGUUUCACCUUGCCACAGGAGCAUGCGAUGGGACUGUCAAAACAUGGGAUUUUGGAAGUGGACAGGAACUUAAAGUUUUGCCUCUAGGCAAGGAAAUAAAUGAUAAUGAACAUUGGCUGUUGCAGUUGGUUUACCUGAAUGCUAGUGAGAAUAGACAUGUAAUCCUGGCCUUGGAGUACAGCGGGAUUAUCAAAAUUAUUCAGGCUAAUGAAAGCGAGGCUUACUUGUCGAUUACCUGGAGUCUUCCUGAUGCUGUUUCAGUUGCACUACAAGGCAAUUCAUUGAUUUCCCUCAAACUGAGUCCCAAUGCCAAGAAAACUAAUGGAUUUUUCCCAGAUAUUGAACUGCUGCCUGAUAAGGCUUCUGAACAAACAAAUACAGAGAUACCUCAGGGGACAGAAGUCAAGUGCUUUGAUUUGCUGAGAGUAGAAGGUUAUAAUUUGUUAGCUACUGCAAGUCCAAAUGGUACUAUCAUCAUGUGGGAUUUUGAAGCUGCCACUGCCAAACACAUAUUCAAAACUAGCAAUGCCAUUGAAGGAGAGGAACCUGAAUUACGUGGAAUCAAUAAAUUACAGUUCCUCUAUCGAAGUACCAUAUCUGAUAGGGAGCUUAGUCAAUCCACCCUCAGUUCAGAUCAUCAAAGUGAUGACAGUCGUACCCAAGAAGGAGAAGGCAGUACUGUCAAGCUGGAAAGUGACAAAAGCGAAUCUGGUGGUGUAGCUACUUCUUCAGAACCAAAACUUCCAUCUUCUCUUAUUGUGGAGAACAAAGAAGUUACAUCCAGUUUAUUGAGUACUGGAGCUGAAAAAUUAGAACGUUUGAACAUACCUGUACUUGCCUCAGCUCAUGAAGAUGGUUAUAUCUACCUCUGGACUACAAUGGGAGAUCUACUGAGAGAAAUUUUGCCUUUCACAAAAAAUCCUCCAAUUCCUUUGACAGCACUGUGCACUGACAUCGCUUGUAAAAUGCUUUUUGCUGCAAAUAAAGAGGGGCAUGUUAUCCGGUGGAAUGUGGGCUCAUUUUUAGAAGAACCACGAGAUGUCAAAAAGCGUAUAAGGCAACAAAUUUGCUGGCGAGCUCAUUCCACCAAAAUAGUUGACCUCUUCUACAAUGAAGAAAGAAACCUGGUGGUGACUGCUUCUGUAGACUGUUCUGUGAGGCUUUGGCAUUCUCCCGAUGGACAUUACUUUGGUUAUUUUGGUCAGCGCAGAUUGUUCGACAUUUCUCAACCUACUGAUAUAAUUUUGCCCUGUGAUAUAAAUGAACAUCCCUUCACAAUAAGAGAUGGCAGCAAAUAUAUGGAGAAAAAGCAGAAGUAUGAAUAUCCCCUAGUCCUUGACAGGCAGAGGUGGAAGACUCUAACCAGAAGUUCUUUAUCCUUGAAAAAGCCUAGCCCAUCAGAAAUUGAAUAUGAUUUCAAAUUUUUCAAAGCCUUAUCAUCUCCAAAGAUUAACAAACAGCCUCUGGAGAGUUUCAAAUCUGGAAACAAAGAUGCUGGUAUUGUAUUUGGCUCUAUACCUAUAUAUAGGGAGACAUUUCUGCAUUGUGGCAUCUCCUUGUUGUAUGUUUGGAGAUUUGGCUGUAAAUAAGGGACUCCCUCCUUCCAACUUCACCUUAGCAAAUGCCUCAAUACUUCAGCUGCAGCCUUCAAUCUGAAACAUGAGAACAAGAAGACUACCAGGUGAACACAAGAAACUGCAGCUCAAAAAGGUCUUCGAGUCAUGAAAAGGGGAGGAAGAGGAGGAGGCAAUACCUGCCACAUUAUUCUGGAGAGUUUUUCAGUCUUCUAAAGCAGAUUUCCAGGGAGUGUCAAGAAAGACUUAGAGCAGAGCUUUCCUAACAUUUCAUGUUGGUGAUACAAUUUUGAGAUAUGCAUCAUUUUGCAACACAGUAAUCCAGUUUUACUAGCAACCCGGAGAUUAAGCCAACUCCUUAUAAGAGAUACAGAUCCAUACAUAAAUUGGAAUAACAAAAUAUACAGGGAUACAACAUGUCUCAUAAAAACCUUUCAUUUCUAUUUUUAAAAUCAUCCACUUAUUCUAAGCCAAAAUGAUGCUGGCAAAGGUGUCUUCGUUGCUUUCCUGCCAUUUCCUACCAGGGAGCCCUCCUGUGCCUCAAACAAAACCCAGAAAGAAGCUCAGGCCACCCACAGCAGCCACACAAUUAGAGGGUUCAUUCCAUCCCUGAGCACUCUAGCCCUCAAACAACACGUGUCAAAGAGGGCCAUGACACCUAGCCGCAACUAAUCCUCUUAUUUCCCUGCCCACCCCUUCAGCUUUGCCCCUGAAUGGGUGCUUUGUUCUUUCUUUCCCUUGGCUCUAGUUUCAAAAGGGGUCAGUUUUGUAGUUGUAAGCCUGCAAUUAUUUGAAGUUGGAUAAUGAAGUGUAUGUGUGCCAAGUUUGAGCCAGAUCCUUCAAGCCUUUGUGGUACAAAUCAGCCAACAUACAUACAUACUUUGGCAUUUACGGUAUAUACAUAUAGAUAGAAUUUCCAUUAUCAGAACACAUCUGAAUAGCACUUUCUGGAAACAACAGUAGGACAGCAGAGUUGCACUAAUGUAGUUUGUGAGCUUCCUAGUGUGGGAACAAAAAGCUAGACUAAAUAGUCCUUUUAUCUGACCCAGCAUGGUUCUUAUGGGUCUUUCAUAUGCUAUUUUCCCAUUGUCUGUGCUAUAUCCACAGUAUACAGUGUUCCCUCGCUACUUUGCGGCUCACUUUUCGCUCCCUCGCUGUUUAGCGGGUUUUCAAUUAAUAUUAAUGUACACAUUUAUCGUGGUAUUUUUGCGGUGUGCAAAGGGUUUUGGAAGGGGGGAAGGGAGAAAUAAAUGGAGGGGAGAGGGUAGGGAAGGCUUGGAAAUAAAAAAGGGUUAUUUAGCUUCCAUUCUUCAUCUCUGUCGGUGUACUGUAUAUUGUAACUGCUAAAAUAAAGUACAGACUGCAUUGUAGUAAGUGGUCUGUGGUUUGCUCUCCUCCACACAUAGAAUAAAUAUAGUGUCCCUACUUCACAGAUUUUCACUUAUUGCGGGUGGUCCUGGAACGUAACCCCCGUGAUAAGUGAGGGAACACUGUAGGUAAAGGUCUAGGUAAUGUGACCUACACUGCUGUCACAUGUUGGAGUCAUAUACAAGUAUCUGAGU